GCCUGCAAUAGGUCCACAGCGACGACCCGAUCACCCCAUACAUGGCUGCAGGAGAGCUGGCGACGAUGCCGGCUGGUGCUGUCCUCAUAUUUCUCCUUCUGGCUGUCGCUUCCGCUGCCUACGACGGCGUCGGAUCGGAGUCGGUAAGCCGGAGGAGCUUCCCCAAGGGCUUCCUCUUCGGGACGGCCUCCUCGUCCUACCAGUAUGAGGGUGGUGCGAUGGAGGGAGGCAGGGGACCAAGCAUCUGGGACAACUUCACUCACCAAUACCCAGAUAAAGUUGCCGACAGAAGCAACGGGGAUGUGGCAGUGGACUCUUACCAUCUUUACAAGGAAGAUGUGCGCCUCAUGAAGGAUAUGGGAGUGGAUGCAUACAGGUUCUCCAUCUCAUGGACAAGAAUUCUUCCAGAUGGGACUCUGAGAGGUGGAGUGAACAAAGAAGGCAUAAAAUAUUAUAAUAACUUGAUUAAUGAGCUACUAUCCAAAGGGUUGCAGCCAUUUGUGACCCUUUUUCACUGGGACUCACCUCAGGCGUUGGAAGAUGAAUAUGAAGGGUUUCUUAACCCUAAUAUUAUAAAUGACUAUAAGGAUUACGCUGAAGUCUGCUUCAGAGAGUUCGGAGAUCGAGUGAAGCACUGGAUUACAUUCAACGAGCCAUGGUCGUUUUCUGUCGCGAGCUAUGCUAUGGGAAUUUUUGCGCCAGGCCGGUGCUCCUCUUGGGAGUUGGGGAAAUGCAGCGUUGGAGAUUCAGGAACAGAGCCUUACAUUGUAGGCCACCAUCAGCUACUCGCCCAUGCAGCAGCCGUCAGAUUAUACAAACAAAAAUACCAGGACGCCCAGAAGGGGAAGGUUGGGAUAACUCUAGUCUCAAACUGGUAUGUUCCCUUCUCACGUUCGAAGUCCGACAAUGCUGCAGCGAGGCGCGCUAUAGACUUCAUGCUCGGAUGGUUUAUGGACCCUCUCACGAGAGGAGUCUACCCUCAUAGCAUGAGAAAACUGGUCGGUAAUCGCUUGCCACGGUUCACAAAGGAACAAUCUAAGUUGGUCAAGGGUGCAUUCGACUUCAUUGGAAUCAACUAUUACACUGCAAACUAUGCUGAUAGCCUUCCCCCGUCAAAUGGACUGAAGACUAGCUACAAUACCGAUGCUCAAGCUAAUCUUACCGGUGUUCGAAAUGGUGUCCCCAUAGGUCCUCAGUCUGGUACACCUUGGAUCUACGUCUACCCUCAAGGCUUCCGUGACCUGCUGCUUUAUGUCAAGGACAACUACGGCAAUCCCACUGUCUACAUCACUGAAAACGGUGUUGGUGAAACCAACAACAAGAGCCUAACUAUCCAGGAAGCCCUCGAUGAUUACGGCAGGAUAGACUACUACCACAAGCACCUUCUUGCGCUACAGAGUGCCAUAAGGUCGAUUAGAGCACCGCCUACAGUCUACAGAGUGUCAUACAAGGACGGCGCAAACGUGAAGGGGUACUUCGCAUGGUCACUGCUUGACAACUUCGAAUGGGCGAGCGGGUACACGGUUAGGUUUGGGUUACACUUCGUGGACUACAUCGAUGGGCAGAAGCGGAAGCGGUAUCCCAAGAAGUCAGCACGCUGGUUCAAGAAGUUCCUCAAGCGAUGAUCGACAUGCAUAUAUCUGGCAACCACGCGAUGGAGGCAGUGUUACAAUAGAGGAUUGGCUGAUUGUACUAUCAUGUGUGCUGCACGGUAUUACCCCUUGUAUUGGUCGUAAUGACGCUGUAAUAAUUUCUGCUGAAUUUGCAAGGUUUAGACCAACUGACUGAACGUAUGCCUGCAGCAUUUUUGUAGCAUUGCCCAAUUUGGUACCACCUCUGUUCACAUUUAAUCAACGCGGGACGGCAAGUUAUUUCUA